GCUUUAAUCCUUCACCACCUAAUUCAUCCGUUUCCAUCUCCAAUGGCCGCCGCCGCCGAGCCCUCCUCCGGCGACUCCCACCGCUACGCCAUCGGCUACGCGCUCGCUCCCAAGAAGCAGCAGAGCUUCAUCCAGCCCUCCCUCGUCGCGCGGGCCGCCGCGCGCGGCAUCGACCUCGUCCCCGUCGACGCCUCGCGGCCCCUGGCCGACCAGGGCCCCUUCCACCUCAUCAUCCACAAGCUCUACGGCGACGACUGGCGUGCCCAGCUCGAGGCCUUCGCCGCGCGCCACCCGGCCGUCCCCGUCGUCGACCCGCCCCACGCCAUCGACCGCCUCCACAAUCGCAUCUCCAUGCUCCAGGUCGUCUCCGAGCUCGACCACGCGCACGCGCCCCUCCACGCCGCCCACACUUUCGGCAUCCCUAGCCAGGUCGUCGUCUACGACGCCGCCGCGCUCGCCGACUCCGGCCUCCUCGCCGCCCUCCGAUUCCCGCUCAUCGCCAAGCCCCUCGUCGCCGACGGCACCGCCAAGUCCCACAAGAUGUCCCUCGUCUACCACCGCGAGGGCCUCCGCAAGCUCCGCCCGCCGCUCGUGCUCCAGGAGUUCGUCAACCACGGCGGCGUCAUCUUCAAGGUCUACGUCGUCGGCGGACACGUCACUUGCGUCAAGCGCCGCAGCCUGCCCGACGUCUCCCCCGAGGACGACGCCUCUGCCGAGGGCUCCGUCUCCUUCUCCCAGGUCUCCAACCUCCCCACCGAGCGCACCGCCGAGGAAUACUACGAGGCAAUGAGUCUCGAGGACGCCGUCAUGCCGCCCGCCGCCUUCGUCGACCAGAUCGCGGGAGGGCUCCGCCGCGCGCUGGGCCUGCAGCUCUUCAACUUCGACAUGAUCCGGGAUGUCCGCGCCGGCGACCGGUACCUCGUCAUUGACAUCAACUACUUCCCGGGUUACGCCAAGAUGCCGGGCUACGAGACUGUCCUCACCGAUUUCUUCUGGGAGAUGGUCCAUAAGGACGACGUGUCCCAAGAGGAGGAGAAGGGGAGCAACCAUGCCGUGGUCAAAUAAGAUGACGGCAUGACUGCAAACCUGCAAUUCUUGGAUGUCUGGGGAAUGCGAGGUGGCAGGCUGGUUCUGGAUGCAGGAAUUUGAGGGGUUUUAGUUGGGUUUCAACCGGCCGCACGCGGAGACCCUGCGGUGUAAAUCCUUUCUCCUAACUCUUUUCUUACCAGUUGUUAAGGUAUCUUUCUGUUCGUAAGUCGCUUCAUCUAGUUUAGUCGGUCAUAACAAGAGAGAGAGAACUUAAACCGGGAUUCUAAAAAAAAUGUGCUCUCUAUUUGCAAACCUUUUUUUCUUGAGCAAUGGAUGAAUGACAAUCCAAUGUCGUAUUUCUCCCUGCUACUUAUUGAAUGCCGCGCUAGUGAUCCAGUUUAGUUGCUUAUGUUCUGUGCCUAAUUAGAAAUUUUAAAACAUCCGUUGUUAGUUCAGAGCAAGAACCUGGAGAUGGUACAGUAUCAUUCCCUGAUCAAACGUCGACUUUUUUUUAUGCCUAGGAAUAUGUUCUCAGUAUAUAAUGCAGCUCCCUGAAUUUUGUUGCCUCAUUGAACGAAACAAGAGAUGGCUAAUGCGAUUAUCUGACCUUUUCUUAUUUGCAUGCAAAGUAGAAGCUCUUCUGUUUAUGGCACUAGUUUAUCGUCAGCAUUGUUGUUAUAUCAAAUGUCCACAAGGUUGAAUAUUGACAUAAGAAUGACAUGUGCCACUUGUUUGAGUAUUUAUCAAUUAAAUUGGUUGUACACCAGAGAAAGUAUCAUUUCCAUCUUAUUCGUUUCUGAACAUGUAUUCGCGCCAAUUACCAGAAUGUAAGGUGUUACCCUUUUUAGUCCUUCAUAAUGGUGAAUGCAUCAUAUUCCCAUUUUGUCUUACCUGUGUUUUGUUAGAUUUCAUUUGAUUGACGUACAUGUCAUUCCUUUAUAUUCUGGACAAGCUUCAUGUUUAUGUUUUUUUGGGCGAUUGGAGUUGAGCAACUAAUGUUUUUGCGAGGGAGAAUAGUCGGGAAGGAUGUAGUAACUAUAUUACGUCAAUAAUAUAUUAUUUUUGUUUCUUAAUCCUCUCCAGUUGUAGAAGUGAGCAAAAUAAAUAUUGACAUAAGAAUGACUUGUGCCACUUGUUUGUAUUUAUCAGUUAGAUUGGUUGUACACCAGAGAAAGUAUCGUUUCCAUCUUAUUUGUUUCUAAACAUGUAUUUGCAUCAACUAUCAGAAUGUAAGGUGUUUAUCUUGCUUGGAACCAUGGCCAAUCAGCUGGGCCAUUACUGGUUAUGGUGUCAAAAUUUGUGUAACGCCAAGUCACCCCUCUGUAGUCCUUCAUAAUGGUGAAUGUACCAUAUUCCUGUUUUGUCUUACAUGUGUUUUAUUCGACAUCAGUUGAUUGGCGUACAUGCCAUUCCUUUAUAUUCUGAACUAGCUUCAUAUUUAUGUUUUUUUGGUGAUUGGAGUUACGCAAGUAAUGUUUUUGCAAGUGAGAAUAGUUGGGAAGGAUUUAGAAAUCAUAUCACGUCAAAUUAAUAUGUUAUCUUUGUCACUUAAUACUCUUCAGUUGCAGAUGUGAACAAAAUAAAUAUUCUACAUUGCAAACUUGCAAUGGUAUUACAUUUUUCAUUCGCUUUGACUUCGAAGUGUAACUAUAGGCAAAUAAUGGUGGACCUUGAGUUCCUGAUUAUUUUUUUUCAUUUUGGAACACGAGCUAUAAUCCUUAAGUUCCUUUAGUUAUUGGGAUCAUGGAUUGUGAACUUUUUAAGAGCUUCAUUCGGUGAAAUUGAUAUUAGCAAACUAUAUCAUUAAAAUCCCUUCCUGUGAACCUUACGUUAUCAUCUGUAGUUUGUAGUCAGCUGUGUUUCUUAUCUGCGUUUAUGUUUCAAUCUAAUUCCUGGACCUAAUUCCAUUCUUGUUCUCUUUUUCAAUGUUUGUGCACGUAAUUGCAUAAAAAAUAGCUGGGUAAAUUUCAAGUUCGAAGUUUGGAGAGGAGAAUGCAUCCAGAUUUAUUUGCAUGAAAAUGAAUUCCAGUACUGAAACUGUUACAGUUGGAAGUUGUUUCACAUGUUCUGGGAGACUAUGAGCCUUGUUUUCCUGGCUCUUUGCUUCUCUGUUUCCAGGAGUGUAGCCUGUCUCUUAUCCCCGCCUGCCUUUUAUGUUUUUGUCUCUCAUUGUGAGCAAUAUGUCUGGAGUUUCACUUGUGCAUGGGAUAUAUAUGGUAAUUCGCAGAAGCUGUUUAGUGCGAAUCCUUGCAGCAGAUCAAUUCCUCCGCUGCUGAUGUAUCAUUAACAUUUUCCAUGUAAUUUGUUGGAGGUUUUAUUGAGUGCAAUACUGCCUUAAGUCAACUUUUGUAGUGAAAUUUCUCGAUAUGCAUUGACGUUUGAACAAUGAGCCUUAAUUUAUAAAGCAGAAAGGAAUGUAGCAUUACUAUUUUC